AUGAACCCCAGAACUCAAAUGCAACUUCCAGGGUCACCCCCUUACCAUUGUUACUAUUCGGUUUCCUCAGAGCCGCGAUCAGCCAGUACCGUCACUAGCAAUGGUCCUAAGAAGAUUCCUCCCCACGUAGAUUUUCCAACCUCACCCCAAUCUGCAGAUGGUUCGGCUGGAGAAGAAGUAAUAAUACAGCAUUAUAGCCACCCAAAUCAUCACCUAGCCCAAACAACAAUUUUUGCUGAUCUAUUCGUGUGUGGAGGCUGCAAAGAGUACGGUGCUGGGAAGAGGUUCUCAUGCCAAGAGUGCAAUUUUCAGUUGCAUGAUUUCUGUGCCUUAGCUCCCCCGACACUUAAGGCCCAUCCUCUUCAUCCCCAACAUCAGCUUGUGUUCCAUUCGAGGCCUAAACAAGCUGGCUUAUCAUGGCCGAAAUGCGACGCCUGUGGGAAGUCCAUUAAGGGGUUUACAUUCAGAUGCAGAGCCUGCAGCUUCCAGAUGCACCCUUGCUGUGCUAUGCUUUCCACUGAGAUGAUUUUUCCUCCUCUCCCUUGGGAAGCGCACUCAAGCAACGGUCAUCUUCACUCUUUAAAGCUCCUACCUCCUGGAACUCAGCUGAACAUUAGCAGUACAACGAGUACAAAUAGUAGUGGUAACAACAAUACAAUUGGAGCAGCAGUAUGUGGUGAGUGCAAGAUGAAAAGAACAGCAGGACGAAUAUACAGGUGCACAACCUGCAACUAUCAUCUGCAUGCAGUCUGCGCCAAGGCCAUGAUCAAUGGCCUCCGAGCAAAUGGAAUGACUGCACCUGAAAAGCCCAACAAGAGCAUGAUGCUUGGGACUGCAGCUCGUCUGGCUUCCCAGGUUGUCAUUGAGUUCAUUGGAGGCCUAAUUGAAGGAGUUGGAGAAGGUGUUGGCCAAGUACUCGUUCAGAGUAUGGCAAGGGGUCGCCGCCGGCGGGGCAGAGCGCCAACUGACCGACCCCAGACCAGCUGA